UGAGGAUCAUUCUCAAUGAACAGCUCCUUGUUCCUCCUCAGUGAAGAACUCGCCCGUGGUAAAUCUGUACCAGGUGACCUGGCUUCUGAGAUCGAUGACCCCACCAGCAGCCUCGCGGAGGUGAUUAAUGAGGCUGAGGCCAUCGCCUCUGUGAACAAUGUGGGAAGCAAACAAGCCUUGAAUUCAGAUUACCUUGAUUCUGAUUAUCAAAGAGGACAGAUCUACCCGUUCUCCCUUAACAGUGAUCCUCAGAUGGCCACAUUUACUCUCACAAAUUCUGCUCCAAUGACCCAGUCCUUCCAGGAACGGUGGUACAUGAAUCUCAACAGCCUAAUGGACAGGGCCUUGAUUCCUCACUGUGGCGAUGGGGAAGACCUGUAUCUCAUCACUGGCACAGUGCCUUCAGACCACAAAGUUAAAGACAAAGUGACAGUCCCUGAGUUUGUGUGGCUGGCGGCCUGUUGUGCUGUCCCUGGAGGAGGCUGGGCCAUGGGCUUUGUCAAGCGUACCCAGGACAAUGACAUCAUAGAAGAUGUGAUGGUGAAAGACCUUGAGAAACUGCUUCCAUCAAACCCUCAGCUUUUUCAGAACAACUGUGGUGAGACUGAGCAGGAUACAGAGAAAAUGAAAAAGAUUUUGGAAGUGGUUAAUCAAGUCCAGGAUGAGGAGCGAAAGGUGCAGUCUCAAGAAAGCUCUAUUCCCCUCUCCAGCACCCAGAGCAAGACGGCUGCCCUGUUGGCCCCAGAGGCACCUGAGGAAAGCAGCAGCUUUUUGGGGAAAUUCCUGGCUUUCAUUGCUACCCCAUUCAUCAAACUUUUCCAAUUAAUUUAUUACCUUGUGGUAGUUAUCCUAAAGAACGUUGUCUAUUUACUGUGGUAUGUUACCAAGCAGGGGAUUAAUGGCAUAGGGAGCUGCCUUUACCGCCUGGGUUCUGCCACUGUCUCCUAUUUUGUGGCCAUCGGAGAAGAGUUGGUGAGCAUACCCUGGAAGGUGCUCAAGGUCAUUGGAAAAAUCAUCAGGGCUAUUCUCCGGAUCCUUUGCUGUCUACUGAAGGCUGUUUGCCGAGUUCUGGGCAUCCCAGUCCGAGUCUUUCUGGAUGUGGCCACUUUCCCUGUGUACACCAUGGGGGCAAUUCCAGUUGUUUGUAAGGACAUUGCCAUCGGCCUGGGUGGCACCAUCUCUCUGAUCUUUGACACUGCUUUUGGCACUAUGGGUGGCCUAUUUCAAGUUGUUUUUAGUGUUUUCAAGCGGAUUGGCUACAAGGUUACUUUUGACAAUUCUGGAGAAUUAUAGAACUCAAAAAAAAAGCUAAUAUUGUACAGUCACAGUGAAUUUGAUUUUUUAAUAGAGAAAGC